AUGCCGUCGAUGCUGGUUCUCGUCGGCACAAUGCCGUCGUUGGCUUCUCUGGUUAGUCUAGGAGGAGCUGGAGCAAGUGUAUCCGGAACGAGUUCGUCGGAUGCGUCGUAUGCAUUAGUAAAGAGGGUGUCUUUGUCAAGGAGAAGCGUUAGGGGGACUAAGAAAUGGUUGUGUAGAUAUUCUGUUUCGUCUUCGACUACUACUAGCACUACUGACUUCAUCGCUGAGCAAAGCAGCAGCUCGGUUUCUAUAGAUUCUAACUCGUUUAGAGGGAGUAGUAAAGAAGGGGACGAUAGAGAGAUCGUGCUGAAGCAGGCUCCUAAACCUGUGUUGAAACCCCCUGUGGCAAGGGUAGAAAGGGGUUUGGGGGUAAAUUCUGCUCCUUGGAGUAAGGAACUAUCGAAUGGGGGUAAGUUCGAUGGAGAAGAAGAGAGGAAUAAGGUGAUUGAGUCUCUUGGCGAAGUGUUGGACAAAGCUGAGAAGUUGGAAAUUCCGAAACCGGGUGAGAAAGAGGGUGGUGAGGCUGCUAAACCGUCACAGCCUAGUGCCAACAGUAGUGAUUCAAAAAAUGGUAGCUUUGCGAGUGCUGCUGGAGGUACAAGGAAGACGAAAACUAUGAAGAGUGUGUGGCGUAAGGGCGAUGCUGUUGCAGCUGUGCAGAAAGUUGUUAAGCAAUCACCUAAAGUUGAUAACAAGGGAAUGCAGAUUGAGGACGAGGUUAAUGCCAAAGCCGGCACUCAAAUGGCACCACCGCAGCCACCUUUAAGACCUCAGCCACCUGUGAGACCCCAACCGAUGUUACAAGGGAGGCCUAUGGUUGCUCAGCCACCUGUAAAGAAACCCAUCUUAAAAGAUGUUCGUAUGGCAUCAAAACCUUCAGGUCCCAUCUUGAAAGAUGUUGGUAUGGCAUCAAAAUCUUCAAGUCCAAUCUUGAAAGAUGUUGGUAUGGCAUCAAAACCACCUUCAGUUUCUGAAGAGGUUGUUGAUUCUAGCAUAAAAAGUAAAGAAAGAAAGCCUAUUUUGGUUGAUAAAUUUGCUUCCAAGAAAAAAGCUUCUGAUCCUGCGGCUUCUCAGACUGUGUUAGCUCCUACCAAGCCUGGAAAGGGUCCUCCGUCUAACAAGUUCAGAGUCGAGCACCGUAAUAAGAAAAAUGCAUCAAGUAGUCCAAGACGAAGAAUGGUUGCUGAAGACGAUGGCGACGAAGAUUUAGUCUCCCUUCCUGGAUCAGGUAGAAAAGGGAGAAAAUGGAGUAAAGCUAGUAGGAAGGCUGCAAGACUCCAGGCUGCCAAAGACGCAGCACCUGUUAAAGCUGAAAUCUUAGAGGUAGAGGAAGAAGGCAUGUCCAUUGAGGAUUUGGCUUACAACCUAGCCAUCGGCGAAGGGGACAUCCUUGGCUAUCUAUAUUCAAAGGGGAUUAGACCUGAUGGUGUUCAGACCUUGGACAGAGAGAUGGUGAGGAUGAUUUGUAAAGAUUACGAUGUUGAGGUCCUUGAUGCUGAAUCAGUUAAAGUUGAAGAAAUGGCAAAGAAAAAGGAAAUUUUUGAUGAAGAAGAUUUGGACAAGUUAGAAGACAGGCCCCCUGUCAUCACGAUAAUGGGUCAUGUGGACCAUGGAAAGACCACUCUUCUGGACUAUAUCAGAAAAAGCAAGGUUGCUGCUUCAGAAGCAGGGGGAAUUACACAGGGGAUUGGUGCAUAUAAGGUGUCAGUGCCUGUUGAUGGGAAGUUGCAGUCCUGCGUUUUUCUUGAUACUCCUGGACAUGAGGCAUUUGGUGCAAUGAGAGCUCGCGGAGCACGGGUGACUGACAUUGCAAUCAUUGUGGUUGCUGCUGAUGAUGGAAUUCGUCCUCAAACAAAUGAAGCAAUAGCUCACGCAAAGGCUGCUGAUGUCCCUAUAGUCAUAGCUAUAAAUAAGAUAGAUAAAGACGGAGCUAGUCCAGAGAGAGUGAUGCAAGAGCUUUCUUCAAUUGGCUUGAUGCCUGAAGAUUGGGGUGGUGAUGUUCCAAUGGUUCAGAUCAGUGCUUUGAAAGGGGAGAAUAUCGAUGAUCUGUUGGAAACUGUCAUGCUUGUUGCAGAGCUGCAAGAAUUGAAAGCAAAUCCACACAGAAAUGCCAAGGGCAUUGUUAUUGAGGCUGGUCUUGAUAAAGCGAAAGGACCAUUUGCGACAUUCAUUGUUCAAAAGGGCACUUUGAAAAAAGGGGAUGUUGUUGUUUGUGGAGAAGCUUUCGGAAAGGUACGAGCUUUAUUUGAUCACAGCGGGGAACGAGUUGAUGAAGCUGGACCCUCCAUACCUGUACAGGUGAUUGGUUUAAAUAAUGUACCCAUUGCUGGUGACGAGUUUGAGAUUGUCUCUUCCCUUGAUGUGGCGCGUGAGAUGGCAGAGGCACGUGCAAUAUCACUACGAGAUGAAAGAAUUUCUGCAAAGGCUGGGGAUGGAAAGGUCACGCUUUCCUCCUUAGCUUCUGCUGUAUCAGCGAAGAAGAUGUCAGGCUUAGAUUUGCAUCAGCUUAAUAUCAUCCUGAAGGUCGAUGUACAGGGAUCCAUUGAAGCUGUCAGACAAGCCCUGCAAGGCCUCCCUCAGGAGAAUGUCACCUUGAAGUUCUUGCUACAAGCGACAGGGGAUGUAAGCAACAGUGAUGUUGAUCUAGCAUCAGCGAGUGAAGCCAUCAUUUUUGGAUUCAAUGUCAAAGCAUCUGGUUCUGUCAAGAAAGCUGCAGAAAACAAAGGUGUUGAAAUCCGACUGUACAGAAUUAUCUAUGAUCUUAUUGAUGAUGUGCGAAACGCAAUGGAAGGACUUCUUGAGUCUGUUGAGGAACAAAUCCCAAUUGGCUCAGCAGAGGUUCGAGCUACUUUCAGCAGUGGAAGCGGUCGUGUGGCUGGAUGCAUGGUGAAUGAAGGCAAGUUUGUCAAAGAUUGUGGCAUCAGGGUGAUCCGGAAGGGUAAAACUGUCCACGUUGGUGUCCUUGAUUCUCUUAAGCGAGUUAAAGAAAAUGUGAAAGAGGUGAGUGCUGGAUUAGAAUGUGGUAUCGGUAUGGAUGACUACGACGAUUGGAUUGAAGGAGACACCAUCGAGGCUUUUAACGCGGUUCAAAAGAGGCGAACUCUUGAAGAAGCAUCGGCUUCAAUGUCCGCUGCGAUUGAAGAGGCUGGAGUUGAAGUGUAA